CUAAAAUCUAAAAAUAAGUCCAUCUUAUCAUAGCUUUACAAAACCUUAUAAAAGGUUUAGGUACAUACGAGAUAUGUUAUAGAAGUAUAAGAAAAUUUAAAAUGAUCAAAUAUCUGACAUUUUUGGCAGUGAUUUUGGGAGUGUACGGAGAUCGAGAAAUUUGCGAUCAUUAUGGAAGUGGAACCUACCUGUAUUGUGACGAUGGAAAGUAUUGUUGUGGAGACAACCAGUGUUGCAACCCGUUUGCAAUUUCGGCAAUCGUCGGGAUAGUGAUUGGGGGCAUUAUCUUCCUAUGUUUCGUCGUCGCCUGUAUCUGUUUCUGUGUGCAGGCGAGCAACAAGCCAAGCAGGGUGAUACAACCACACCCAGGUGCAAACAUAGCCGUUGUUGGUUUUCAAAGUUCCCCCGGCUCCUACCCAUCACAAAACGGUUACAACCAGUAUCCCCCUCCUCCUGCAUACAAUCAGGCCGGCAGUCAGUAUCCCCCUCCCCCGGCAUACAACCAGUCCGCCGCCUACAAUGAGCCAAGCAAUCAACCACCGGCCUUCGGUCAGGCAACGCCCGGAUUUAGCCAGACCGCAUACCCACCACCGCCGUCGUUUAACUCUGUACCACCAAACAUCCAUGAGAAAUAAUAUCGAUGGUUUUUUUUUGUUACAUAUGAUACUUGUUUUUAAAGGUGCUUACAAACUUAUGUGAUAUAUUUAUAUACAAUGAUUUAUUUAAACAAAAUAAAGACAUUUUUAUAUCA